CGAACUGGAGGGUGUGUGCGUUCCCGCAGCAACAGGGAAGAUGGCAGCACUCACAUCUCUCACCCAGCUGUCAAGUGGGAACCCUGUGUACGAGAACUUUUAUAGACAGGUGGACCCAGGAAACACGGGGAGAGUAGGGCCCACGGAAGCUGCGUUGUUCCUGAAGAAAUCUGGCCUUCCUGAUGUCACCUUGGGAAAGAUCUGGGAUUUGGCAGACCCAGAUGGGAAAGGGUUCUUGGACAAACAGGGGUUCUAUGUAGCUCUGCGGUUGGUGGCCUGUGCACAGAGCGGACAAGACGUCAGCCUCACUAGUCUGAACCUCACUAUCCCUCCCCCAAAAUUUAAGGACACUAGCAGCCCAUCGCUCAGCACAUCAUCGGUCUCUAGUGAACCCCACUGGGCUGUGAGGCCCGAAGAAAAGAGUAAAUUCGAUGGGAUAUUUGAAAGUCUUGCACCAGUCAGUGGACUGCUCUCUGGUGACAAAGUAAAACCAGUUCUAAUCAACUCAAAACUACCUCUGGACGUGUUAGGAAAGGUUUGGGAUCUUAGUGACAUUGAUAAAGAUGGACAUCUGGAUCGAGAUGAGUUUGCUGUGGCCAUGCACCUGGUCUAUCGGGCCCUGGAGAAGGAGCCGGUCCCCUCUGUUCUCCCCUCCUCUCUCAUCCCUCCUAACAAGAGGAAGAAGUCUCUGGUUGGCUCCCUCCCUGGCACUGUGCCUGUGCUGCCCGCCAGCCCCCCGCCCCCCAAGGACAGCCUGCGCUCCACCCCUUCCCACGGCAGCAUGAACUCCCUCAACAGUGCCGGCAGCCUUUCCCCCAAACACACACUCAAAUCUGUGCAGCACUCAGUGAACUGGGUGGUCCCGGUGACAGACAGAGGACGCUUUGAUGAAAUCUUCCUGAAGACAGACUUGGAUCUGGAUGGCUUUGUCAGCGGAAUGGAAGUCAAGGACAUCUUCAUGCACUCAGGGCUGCCCCAGAAUCUACUGGCACAUAUAUGGGCCCUGGCAGACACCAGGCAGAUGGGGAAGCUGACGCGGGAGCAGUUUGCUCUGGCCAUGCACUUCAUCCAGCAGAAAGUCAGCAAAGGCAUGGACCCUCCUCAGGCCCUGACCCCUGACAUGAUCCCUCCUUCAGAGAGAGGCACUCCCGUUCCAGUGUGUACCACUCCCUCCCAUAGUAUGUCUGGGUAUGUGACCCCUGUGAGCUCUGAGAUGGCUGCUCUGUCUGAGAUGAGGCGGGACAGCUCCAGUUCUGUUGGGUCAGGGUCAGAGUUCACUGGAAUCAAGGAGCUUGAUGACAUCAGUCAAGAGAUCGCUCAGCUGCAGAGCAAUCUUGCUUUUACACACUGGAAUGCUCUCAGGGAGAAAUUCACCCUGGAGCAGGACAUUAGAGAUGCUGAGGAGGCCAUCAGACACAAGUCCUCAGAGGUGCAGGAGAUGCAGAACGACCUGGACAGAGAGACGUGCAGUCUGCAGGAGCUGGAGGCCCAGAAGCAGGAUGCCCAGGAGCGGCUGGAGGAGAUGGAUCAGCAGAAGGCCAAGCUGGAGGACAUGCUCAACGACGUCAGGAUCCAGUGCAACGAGGAGUCCCAAAUGAUCUCAUCUCUGCAGAACCAGAUCCACUCCCAGGAGACAGACCUGCAGAGCCAGGAGGAGGAACUGAGCCGAGCUAAAGCAGACCUGAACCGGCUGCAGUUGGAGGAGAGCCAGAUGGAACAGAGCCUGACUGCCGGCAAGUUCCAGCUGGAGACCAUCAUCAGGUCCCUCAAAGCUACCCAGGACGAGAUCAACCAGGCUCGCAGUAAGCUGUCUCAGAUCCAGGACAGCCAGCAGGAGAUGAAUAAGAGCAUUGAGCAGUACAACAGCACCUUAAAUGGGACACACAGAGGCAGCAUGACCAACCUGGCUGACAUGAGCGAGGGAUUCCCCGACCGCGAGAACGGAGACUUCGGCGCCGUGGAGGACCCGUUCAAGGUGAAUACAUCUGGGUUCAAUAGCGUCCCUCAGGAGAUGCACACAGACCCUUUUCACUCCGAAGACCCCUUCAAGACAGACCCGUUCAAAGGUGACCCCUUCCAAAAUGACCCUUUUGCAAAGCAGUCAUCACUACCAGCCGCUGCAGAUCUCUCUCUCCACCCAGACCCCUUUGGGGGGGACCCCUUCAAAGAGACGGACCCCUUCAAGGCCUCGUCAGAAGACUUCUUCAAGAAGACCACCAUCAAGGCAGACCCCUUCAGCACCACCGACCCUUUCAGUAAAAGUGCCACCCUCCCCACCAAGACAAGUCAUUUUACAAGCAGCACAGACCCUUUCUUAUCCAUUAGCCCAAAACCCACCAGAGGCCCAGGACCAGAUCUCUUUGGUACUCUGGACCCCUUUGGAAGCAGCACUGCUUUUGGAGGCAGUAACAGCUCAUUUGGCAGUAUCAGUAACAGUGGGUUCGCAGACUUCAGCCAAAUGUCAAAGAUCAGAGACCCAAUGGAAGGAAGAGGAGGUUUCCCAGAAUACCAGCAGUCGGGGUUUGUGGAGGACCCAUUCAGUAGGAAUCAGGACGGCCCAGCUCUGCCGCCCAAGAUGAGUGUUCCCCCCAGACCCAAACCUCCCAGUGGUAAAAGCAGCCCUGUCAACUUGCCUGGAGGAGCGGGUGACUUGGCCAAGCCCUGCGACCCCUUCCAGCCGUUCGGCAGUGACGCCAUCGACCCAUUUCAGAGUAAAAAGGUGGUCGGAGACCCCUUUAGUGGCAAAGACCCUUUUGCUCCUUCUGCCUCAAGUAAAGCCUCUAAAGACUCUUCCUUGGGUUUUGCAGACUUCAGUUCUGACCAGAAAAGGUUAAGUUUGGAAAUGAGGCUCAGCAACUGGAGUGGGCGAAGAGAGAGAGUGAGCGAGCGGAGCGGGAGCGGCUGAAGAGGCUCCGGCAGCAGGAGCAAGAGGACUUAGAGCUGGCCAUCGCUCUCAGCAAGGCCGAGAUGUCCCACGGGUGACCUGGACUGGACUGGACACCCACACACACACACACACACACACAUCCCACUGCACAAAAACUGGUUGAAUCAACGUUGUUUCCACAUCAUUUCAACAAAAAAUAAAUACAUGUGAUGACAUUGAAUUAACGUUGAAAACUCAUUGGAUUUGUAAAAAGUCAGUAACAUAAGGGUAUUUAGUUUUUUUUUUCAACUAACUUUUAACCUAAAUCCAAUCCAAUGACAUAUUUUUUGUUGAUUUCAUGUUGAGUUCACGUUAGUUGACAACUCAAAGAAAUGUAAAUCAAAACUAGACGUUGAACUGAAUUCUGUGCCCAGUGGGAUGCCCACGCACAUAGAGAUACAGACACAUAUAGACAAACACACAGAUAGACAUACUCUUACUAGCAUUACUUGUGCACAUACACAUGCGUGUACGACUCACACACCAUACCCCAUCACACUGUGAAGGACCUGGAGCUGGCCAUUUCUCUCAGGGCCGAUGUGCCCAACACAUGUCCGCUUCCUUAACCACACACACAGACACACACCACUGCCACAACACACAUACACACGCCAUCUGAUACGCACACACAGAAACACACACCUCACCACACAAUCUCUGGAUGGACAAACUCUCAAAGCAAAAAAAAAUACAAAACAGAACUUUAGGGGUUAUCCUGGGCCCUGUGGAAACCAGUGGUGUGGUGAUGUAGUGGAGGGGAAACGCAAGUAAAUGCAGUUUACCAACCUUUUUUAUUUUUUUGUGACAGUUAAUCCACCUUUUGCGGACAAAUGCAUAACUUUUUUCACCACGACCGGUGAUCAGAGUUGACCAACCUAUUUUUUUACCACUACAUCACUGGUGGAAAUGGAACUGGAUUUGACUUUACGGUGGUAGGUUGGAGUUGGAGUGGGAGAUUGAAGCCAACAAUCACAAUCUCUCUUACUGUUUUUAAUUGAUAGGUGGGGAGGGGAAAAGAUGAUGACCCGUGGUUUUAGAAUUAACUGAUGCACUGUUUAAAUGCACUAUAGAGGCUGGCUCAACAUGAAAGAUGUAAAGAUGAACAUAAUAUGUGUUGGUUUGGUGAAUGAGCAUGAAUCGCAGCUGGAGCUCUGACAGAUGUGAAAAAGGGAAUACCUAAAGGUUAUGCUGGAAUGCUUAUUAAGAUUGAGACAUUAUUUUAGUAUUGGUUUAUUAUGUGAAUGUGGCAAGCCAGUGGCAGGGUUCUUCUUUGACUGGCUACUGUAAGUGUUGUGUGAGAGAGAGGUCUGUUUGGACCAGAACAAACUGUACAGAUAUAUUUUCUUUCUCUUUGAGUGUGAGAUAGUAGAUGCAUUGUUUUGACAAUAAUUCAGUGCUUCUUCAGCGAACAUAGGAAGAAGGAAUGGGUACUUAGCUGUGCCUCCUCUGAAAGUUCAAGUAAGUUCACAAAGCUGUGAUGUAUAUCAAACAACAACCAAAAAAGGCGAGAUGAGGGAAAUUAUUUCAAGUUUUAUUAUGGAGUUUUUUUAUGAUAUUUUUUUUCACUAUGUGAUGUGUUAUUUUUAUUAUUUUAGGUAUUAUUUGUUAAAAGACAGAAACAUUUUGUUUAUUACGAUUCUAGUUGAAAAAAGCUGCCAAAAAUUACAAACCUACAAGCACAAGCUGCAGAGAGGUUAAAGAAAGUUAGAAAUGGCCUGUGGUUUUCUUCAGCUAACCAUCAAUAAUAUGCAAGUUCAUUAGGUCACAUGAGUUUCACAGCUAUAACUGGAAUAUUCCGCUGUUUACGGUACAGUGUGUCAUAGUUUGAUGUUACAACUUGGGCUCAACCACUUUUAUUUAUAGCUGCUUUGUCUUUUACUUGAAACUCCUUGCUGAUGGUACUGCCUGCUUAGCACAUUACACCUGUGGGUUUUACUUCACUUUCACCUUAAUUAAGCUUUGAAUUGAACUAAAUAGAGAUGAUGAUAAUAGCAGCUGAGGUCCUAACCAUAUGAAAAGGACACUUACAUGAAUUGCCCCUGUGUUCUGUCUUUUCCUGUUGUACUGAACUGUAUGUGUCCUACAUUGACUUUUAUAAGCUUCCAUGUAAUGUCAUUGUUGUCACCUACUAUUGUACUAGUCUGAGGGAAAAGACCUCACCUAACUAUAUGGGAUGUUGUGAAAAUGAAUUAUGAAAGUUACAUCCCCUUUGGGUUGGGAAAGGACAUGAUUUAAGUUACAAUUCAGUGGUAUGGGCCGUUAACGCUGCCACCAGGUGGAAAUAGAAACCAUCUCUCUGUAACAUUUAUUUGUUAAUGUUUACAUAUCAAACUUCUUUGCUCUAGUGGUUAAAACAGUGUAAUUAUAUUAUAUGUGAAGAACCUGUUCUUGUACAGAUCUGACCUUUAACUGUGCUGCUGUAUAUAGCUGACUCACUGGGCAAAAACUGGUUGAAUCAAUGUUGUUUCCACGUUGAAUCAAUGUUGUUUCCAUUUUAACAAAAAAAUGUAUGUGAUGACAUUGAGUCAACGUAGAAAAAAGUAAUCAACGUGAGGGAAUUUGGUCUUUUGGGUUCGGGAUAGGGUAAUCUAACGAAGCAGGGGUAAAAGAAAUGCCUGAAACAAGAUGCACUGGUCUUGACGAGAAGAAAAAAAACUGUUGGGGGAGGUUCUCUUCUGCACUGUUCAACCAAUCCAGUAAAUGUGGAGGAGGAGUUAAGAGUACCCCUAACCCUAACUUUUAACAUAAAUCGAAUGACAUGUGACCUGUGGUCGUCUGCAUUUGACCCUUGACCUUUUUGGCCCUACCUGUGGUGUUUUAAUCACAGGUCAGACUCGAAGCUUGGGAUGCCAACACUCCCGCCCUUACCCAGCAUGCUGUAUGUCAGAACCCCUGUAGUGUACCUUCAGGUUAGGGGAAAUCCACAGUGAGGGUGUUUGGUUGGCCGGAGACUCAGCCACAGCUCUCUGUUCAUUGGUCAUUUCAUGGCCCUUUUUGUAUGCCUUGAAAAUACAUCCAUCAUUUCUUGCUCCAUUCUUUGAAGUUAGCCUAGCGGUUAAGAGCAUUGGGCCAGUAACUGAAAGGUUGCUGGUUCAAAUCCCUGAGCCGGCAAGGUGGAAACAAAUCUGUCAUUAUGCCCUUAAGUAAGACAGUUAACCCCCAACAACAACUGCUCCCCGGGUGCUGAUGAUGUCAAUUAAGGCAGCACCUCUCUGAUUCAGAGGGGUUGGGUUAAAUGCGGAUGACACAUUUAGCUUGAAAUCAGUCAGUUGUGCAACUGAAUAGGUCUUCCCUUGAUCUGACACUGUUGGAUUGGUGAAAGAAAGGGUUCCAUUAUGUAUCCCAAUCACCCAACCAAUCAUGUCAGAUUAGGGAGGCAGGAUGGAAGGAUGCAUUUUGAGAGUAUUGAAAUAGGGCCCAACACUACCUAGUGUUCUCUACAUACUUACCACUCAUGCUGUAUUUUGUCUUUGAUACCUACAUCGUGCAAUAGAUUUUAUUUCGUAUUUUUCUCGUUGUUCGUGUGCUGAAAACACAUGUGAAUCCCAUUGGACUUUUAAUAUGUCUAUGCUUUUAAUACGAGUGCCCUCUGCCCCAACUUGGCUGAGUUUGAUCAUACAUUCAGAGGUACAUGCAGAGGCCUAAUACAAGCCUAAACAGAUUGUAGAGGACUUAUCUUUUGUUUUUCUGACAACUGAUCUGUCUUCUGAAGCUCGAUGCAUUCCUUUUUCUUUUGGUCUGCCUUUAAUUGUCUUUCCGCUGUAGAUGAGAAGAAAUAAUCAAAGCUGUCUUAAACGGUAUAUUAUGUCUGUUAUAUUUGUCCCAUAAGAAGUGAAAAAAUGUACAACUUAAAACAUUUUGAGGAUAUAUGACUGACUAUACACUAAGAGAAAAAAAAUGCUUGGAUUUAUUUUAAAUGUUAAUCCUAUGUACAUGGUCAUUGUUUACUAGAAUAAACAUUUCAUUUAAAUAAA